AUGACUCCGAGUUGUAAUAAAAUUGGAUUCGAUACAAAAGCGGCGGCAGCGCCAAGUAAAGCGACUCCAGCCAGUGAAAUGCCUAAAACAACUUUAUCUGUGGAAACGACAACAAAAUCAGGACAAAUACCUCCAGUAGGAGCCACAGGAGCCACAGGAGCAGGAAUAACUUACAGACUCUCUGAUAAUGCUUUCAUAAAUUCAGGGUGGACAUAUCGUUCUUCCGUACAUCAUAAAGUAAAACAAUUUGUUACGAUGAAAGCGAAAUUUUCACAUCACGUCAUUUGUCCGUGGUUUAAAAAUCGUAAAAAGGAUAUUAUAGAAAAAUAUUCUAAUGGUAAAACGUUAUACGUAGCAAAAAAAGACGGUACGGGAAGAAUAUAUUAUCCGAACGGGAAACUCGCGAUGAAAAUAGAAAAAAGAGGUCAUCAAAAAUCUCUUACAAAAAUAUGGAUAUUUAAUUCUGGAGAAAUAGAAAGAACUGGAGUCAGGCAUCCUCAAAAUUUUUGCGCUUUAUUCGAUUCACUCGGCAACGGUCUCGUUUACGAUCAUUGCAUGAACAAGAAAAUAGUUUUUAAUCAAACCGAAGGGAUAUCCUACGUUUUAAGUGGUUUACCAUUCAGGUGGAAAUGGCACGAUUUAAAAAUAAAAGUUUACACGGAUAAAAAAAAAGAGAUAUACAUGGGUAGAAAGACAAAAAUCAAAGAUGAUUCAAUUGAAAAAGCAGUGGUUACAAAAAAGAGUUCAUCGAAAUCCAUAGAAUCGGAAACGUACAAUCCGAACGCUUCGUUAACCCAAGCCGAAAUUGAUUUUCGUUCCAAAGUCGAAGCCAAUAAAUAUGUCGAUACGGGAAAAUUAAUACCGAAAAAAGUGGCAUCCAUCAAACCCAUAGUCUACACAAUAAAUCAAUACAUAAGCCUGAGGAUUUUGGAUCAAUCGAACGUGUCGAUAACUUUUUUAGCACAAAAUCAUUUUGCAAAAUUAUCAAUAGGAACACUAUUGAAUCCUUGGGAAAAAUUACACGUUGAUUAUUUAGAAACGAUUUUUAUGAAAGAAAAACAUGUUGUUUGUCCAUACGAGGAUUUACAUGCGAGAACGAAAAGUUUGAAAAAUUUACAAGAUCUUAUUUUUCAAUUGAAAAAAGAUUCGUGUUGUUUAAAACUUAAAUGA